UUUCCAUUAGAAGAUUUGAAUUCAGACUUGCAGAAAACACUUGAUAGUGACUCUGACAGCGGGCAGGGCAGCUGUGAAACAGCUUCUCCAGGUCACUUCAGCAAGCGGAUAGCGUCUCUUGAUGACAGAGAAUCGGAGGAAGAAAUUUUUGUACGUAAAAAACCAAAAACCAAGAAGGUGCUUCAGGAUAGCGAGAGCGAAGAUGGAGAGGACUGUAACUCUUUUGUGCAGAACGGUACUCUGGAUGGAGACAAGGAAAACAGAGAGGAAAAAGAGGAAGUUACUGCCCCGAGGAACAAGAAAUCUCAUCGGAUUCGUCAAGGUCUGCUAGACAGUGAUGAUAGUGACACCGGUGACCAAUUGCAGAGCGAAAACCUUGAAACAAGCAGAAAGUCCCGCUUGACUGAGAAUGAGUUGGAAAAGGAGAGACCCCUAAAAUCUGGGAAGAAGUGCAGAAAACAUAAACCUGAUUUUGAAGAAGAGACAGCAAAAAAACCUGUAAGAAAACCAAAAAGAAGAAAGGAGAAGGAGAGGAGAACUGAGUCCAUUAAACAGCUGAAAAAAGACAAGAAGCCUAGAGCAGAGGGGGAUGGUGGUGAGCAGGAUCCUCGUAAUGACAGUGGAUGUCUUCUUGAUGACAAAGAUCUUUUUGAUAAUGGCUUGGAAGAGGAAAACGAUUACCCCCCCGAGGAUGAAGAGUCAAUAGAAUCGAUACGAGCGGCAGUGAAAAACAAAAUGAAAAAAUAUAAGAACAAAGAACGAGUUUCUGAGGGUGGAGGCUACAAAUGUGUAUUUGAUGAUGAGAACGAGGAACCUCUAGUAAAAGAACCAAAAAGGAAGGAGCGGAAAGCAGCAAGGUUAAGUAAAGAAGCCAUUAAACAACUGCACAGUGAGACACAACGCCUUAUUAGAGAAUCGUCUGUGUCUCUCCCAUAUCAUGUGCCUGAGACCAAAAGCAUUCAUGACUACUUCAAGCGUAGACCUCGACCAGUAUGCCAAGGAAAUGCCAUGGCCUUGCUGAAGUCCACUAAAUACCAGCUAUCCCUACAUGAAGAAUCUGCAGAGACUGUGAACUCAGGCACGGAUUGCAAAGCUGUGCAAGUUGAAGGUGAUCAACCAGCAGCUAACGAACCAGAAAGAAGCCUUGGCAGAGAUGUUGGUGCUACUGUGAACAGACCUCUUGCUGAUGUAGGGAAGAACCUGGAAGAAGACUCUGCUGAAAAGCCCAGGCAGGACAGUGAUGGUUCUCACGCAGCUGGGACUGUAACAACUGAUAAUACAGAACAACGGCACUCUGACUUCCUACGCCCCGACUGUAGUGACCAAAACCAGAAUGAAGUUUCUGUAGCAGCUGGAGGAGAACCUCUUGAGCAAAGAGAUGAAAAGGCACCAGACAUAGAAUGUGAAAAAAACAGUCAACAAGUGGGGCCGGGAUUGAUGGUACAAACUGAAAAAGUGAGGAAGUCCAAGUUGGAUAAACUUCGUGAACUGGGAAUAGACCUGUCCAUCAAGCCAAGAAUCUGCUCUGGCAAUGAAUCCUUUAUAAACCUCGAGGAGUCUGAUUCAAAUAAAGAAUUAGAAGCCUUGAAAGCGCGUUUCUUGAAGCACACUCUUCGAACGUCAAAAUCCAAAGUUGAACGGACCGUAAACGUGAACAUUAUUCGUAAGGAGACCACAUCUGAAGGGAAGGAGGAGCUGAAAGCAGAUGUGGUGCCAGCAGUGUUAGCUGCUGAGAGCCUGGAUGAAACAAUCCACACAAAGCCAGGUGAAAAGCUGCAGGCGCUGAAGGCUAAACUCCAGGAGGCCAUGAAACUCCGCAGGACUGAAGAACGCCAAAAGCGGCAAGCGUUGUUUAAACUGGAUAAUGAGGACAUGCUGGAGGAUGAAGAAGAGGAGGAAGAGAUGACGGAUGAAUCUGAGGAAGAGGAAGAAGUCAAUCAUGAGAAUGUGGAAUUUUUGCUCGGCGAAGCAGAGGAGGAUAAUGAAGAUCUAGAAGGGAAACACAUUGAAGAUGGCGAUAAAGAAACAGACAAAGAAUCAGUUGAUGGAGAAAAGCUGGAGAAAUCUGUGCCCUGUGAUUCUGUUCCCAAACCACCUUCAACAGAGUCAACACUGAUGCUUUUUAAGGAUAGCUCCUCAAAAAUGGGAUAUUCUCUUCCUGAUGAGAAACUUGAGCUGGAAGAAGCUGCAGAAAAAGGACCUACUAAGUUAGAGGAUGAUGAUUCGUUUUCUCUACCAACACUGGCAAAAGAGAACAGCCAUAACAGCAGCUUUGAGUUCAUUGGCUCCAUGAUUCCGUCGUAUCAGCCCUGUAACAAACACAUGUCACGUGGAGGGACCUUUUUAUCUGCAGCGGGAGGUUUCAGGUCACCUUCCCCAGGUUUUUUCAAAACAAGCUUUAUCAGCUCUGCUUCCAAGAGCUCAGGAAAGACGUCUGAGCCCUCUCUUCCCAUAGAAGAUUCCCAGGACCUGUAUAAUGCCUCUCCUGAGCCUAAGAAUUUAUUUCCAGGGGCUGUGGAGUCACAGUUUCACUUUUCUCUGGAAGAUGACACUCAAAGCCAGCUGCUUGAUGCAGAUGGGUUCUUGAAUGUUGGACAGCACAGGAAUAAAUACCAGUCCUCAAAGCAUCGGCUGACUCUGGCUAGUAUGGAUGAGAAUGCAAUGGAUGCCAACAUGGAUGAGCUACUGGACUUGUGUUCUGGGCAGUUUAGCAGUCAAGCUGAACGCGUGCCAAACACCAGCAGCAACAAAAAGCAGAACAUGGAAGAAUUGCUCAAUCUUUGCUCAGGAAAAUUCGUGUCUCAGACAAGUUCUCCAACAUGGGUAUCUUCCGUAUCUUCCAAGGCAGAAAAAGACAGUGACAUAGAAGACCCAAUGGCAGAAGCUCUAGCACUUUGUUCAGGCUCCUUUCCCACCAACAGGGAAGAGGAAGGUGAGGAGGAGGAGGAACUUGGUGGUUUUCAGCUUAUAACAGAUGACAAUGCCUUUGGAAGUGAAGAGGAUGAAAAAAGUGGAGACACUGAUCCUGAAGAAGAAAUUAGUGACGAUGAAGAAGAACUGCUGCGACACAGACAGGGCUUGAAGAAAAAACUGAAUCUGCAGGAUUUCAUGGAAGAUGAGGCAGAGCUGUCAGGGAGUGAUGUGGGAAGCGAGGAUGAAUAUGAUGGUGAAGACCUGAAUGAAUAUGAAGAAGAGGUUAUUGAUGAAGAACUCCCUGAUGAAGUGGAAUUAGGAAAUCAAAUACAGAAAUUAUACAUGAAGACAGCACUUGAUGAUGACAAGCGUCAGUUACGCCUGUACCAGGAGAGGUACCUCAUCGAUGGGGACCUGCACAGCGAUGGCCCCGGCAGAAUGAGGAGAUUCAGAUGGAAAAACAUAGAUGAUGCUUCACAGAUUGACUUGUUCCAGAGAGAUUCAGAUAAUGACGAUGACAAUGAACAGUUUGAUGAGACAGAAGUGAAAUGGAGGAAAGAGCGAUUCGAACGAGAACAGUGGCUUCGUGAGCAGAAGGAAAAAAACAAAGAGCAGGAAGAGGAAGAAGAAAUCGGUGAAGACAGCCAAUUCAUGAAACUAGCAAAAAAAGUAACUGCAAAGUCCCUGCAGAAGAAAGCAAGCCCAGCAGCUGUGGUACGAGACACAACACUGCUCCCCAGGAACCCGUUUGAAACCUUCAGACCUGCGGGUGACAUCCAGAUAAAAAACGGGUCUCUCCUGAACAGACCUAAAGCUGUCCUUCAGAAACUAGCAGCGAUGUCGGAUCUUAAUCCAAACGCGCCGCGCAAUUCAAGGAACUUUGUCUUUCAUACCCUUUCCCCAGAGAAGAGUGCAGAGGCUAAGGAGAAAUCAAAGCUUCAGGUGAAGAAAAGAUGUCCCACUGCAACCGUAACAUCUCUGGCUAAACGACCCAGGGUAGAGAGCGCAGAGGAAACGAGUCAAAGCCGAAGCAUAUUCCAGUACUUGGAGAGCUGA